AGUCUGGCCGCAAAACUUAUCUUUCCAAUUGACGCUGGAAUGUAGAGAUCAUUUAUCCAGCAACUGCAACGGCGGAUAACGCGAAAGGUGGGGGCUUUUCUCUCACGAAUCACCGAUCCGGCGGUGUUGGGCAAAACUGUAUAAUUUCAGAGACUUAUUGCGGUAAUUUUUAUGCUGUCGCGAGAAGUCCGAUCAUCAGUACUGUGCAGUGUAAUCAAUAAUUAACAUGUAUUCUAAAGUUUCGAUCUUUUUCGCGUUUUACGCGUUUUUACUCGUGAUUUCUAGUAUCGAAUCUGCAACAGAGUACUUUGGUAAAUUUAUCGGACCUUUGAAAACCUACCAUCAUGGAGUGACCGGCGACGUAUACGUGGUUGAUAGUCGAACGUUACAUAUUCGUAAUUUCAAUUAUGACGGCGAAGGACCAGCUGCUUAUUUCUACGUAUCAAAUGGCAAAGCACCAAAUGAAGCCGGAACGAAACUACGAGAUGAACGUGGAAGCACUACACCAUUGAAAAAAUACAGAAAGAAGCACGUUACUUUGACAUUACCAGAAGGCAAAACUGUCACCAGUAUCAAACACUUCUACUUAUGGUGCGACGAAUUCGCGGUGAACUUCGCCGAUGUAAAAAUACCGAAAAAUUUGGACUUCCCGAAACCGCAAAAAAUCGGUAAAUUGGAAGGAAUACACGGUGUGUCAUCCGAUAAUGUAUUAGUCGUCGAUGCUCAAACUUUACUCAUACCUUCAUUCUCUUACGACGGCGAAGCUCCGGAUGCGAAAUUCUGGGUUGGCAGCGGUAAUAAACCAUCGCCGCAGGGUGUCAAAGUUCCCGAUGAAAAUGGUAAAGAAGAACCGCUCAGGAAAUACGUUAAAAAGACCAUCGUGCUUACCCUGCCUGGUGAUUUGACUGUGUUUGAAAUUGGACAUUUUGGAGUAUGGUGUGAAGCAUUCACUGUCGAUUUUGGACAUCUUCUAAUUCCCAAGAAUUUGAACGUGCCACCUUCGUUGAAAAUGUUGGGUGUUUCGCCUCAGUCUAAAUUGAAUUGCGAAAUUCUCUACGACGAUUUGGCUUUUGAAGUACGAUGGGCUGUGGCCGGAGACAGUAUCGUGAUUCAGCUGGUAGCGAAAUUAGAAAAAGGAGAAUACAUGUCGUUCGGUGUAUCUGGCCAGAUCGACAGGAAUACAAUGAUCGGUGGAGACGUCGUCGUUGCUUGGAUCGAUCACGAAACUCUGAACGGAUACGCGUACGAUUACUACCUAGACGCGAAAUCACAAUGUGCCGGUACUCGUGGAAGUUGUCCAGAUAUUAAGCUCAGAGCAAGCACGGAGAGUAUAAGAUUACUGAACGCUGCGUUGGUGAAUGGAUACUCUAUUGUGACGUACCAGAGACCAUUACGAGCGCACGAUGAAUUUGAUUUACCUAUUUAUACAAACGGUAGUCAGGCGAUUAUUUGGGCUAUUGGGCCAUUAAAUUCGUUACAAGAGGUUUCUUAUCAUAGUAUCACGUCCAAAGCUACUACGUUAAUCGAUUUUGGAAGGCCGCCUCAGUGGAAUUGUCCUAUACCCGAAUCGGAUGCUGCUAUUGCUGAUUCAGAGACCAACGAGAGGUACAAUGAACCGACAUAUACGACUAGUGAACAGUAUCAGGUUCAUACUGAGACCAGUGUGAGAACUAGGGUAACCGAACACCAGAAAAAAGAACCAGAAACGCCCAAGACAACGGUAGCCAAAAAAGUAGAAGCUACUCCAGCUCCAGUAAAACGUGAAAAACCUUGGGAUAUUCCACCAAUCCAAUGUAACGAACCUGACGACGGAGUUUACUACGCUCAAAUGGGACCAACUGGUGGAAAACGAGGAUACUCGGCUAUUACCGGACACGUCGGUUGGGGAAUUUCGUGGUACAUAAAUGGACUUUUGAUACCGGAAAUCAACGUGGUACGAGGUCGUACUUAUACUUUCGUAGUGGAAGGAGGCUUAGAUCCUGAAAUUCCGGCUAAAUAUCAUCCAUUUUACAUAACCGAUGAUCCUGUCGGUGGAUUUGUGUACAAAACACCCGAAGAAAAAGAGAAAAUCCAAAUAUUUGCCGGAGUUACCCAGAACAAAGAUGGAGAAUAUGUGCCAACUGGUAUUGGACGUCUGUGUAACUGGACUCCAGAUCCUGAUCAGCCUUCUGCUGACGAGUUUGCUUCGUUUGGUGCUUAUCAGAGAACUCUUAGUUUGGUUUGUGAUCACGGUGAACCAGGAGUCAUUCAAUGGACUCCGGAUGAAAAUACACCGGAUACUGUUUAUUAUCAGUGUUUCUCUCAUCGUUACCUCGGCUGGAAGAUAAAUGUUCUCGACACCUGCGACAAAGAUGAAGCCGCUAGCGAACAAGUCACUACUCGAAUUCGAUCUGAUAGCGAAGACGAUCACGAUGAACUCAUCUCGAAUCCCAGCAUCCAAGUUAUCACUCGAGUGAAACCAGCCAACGCUAGUUUAUUCAACAGCCUUGCCGAUUUGAAACAAGAAGGUAAACAUAACGUCGUCUUGGAGUCGGGCCAGUUCAAAGAUGGUCUAAAGGGUGAAUAUGCUCAAAGUGAAAGAUUCAUUUUACAAGAUCCGUACAUGCCUCCGCCUCCUUAUCAGAAAAAUUUCGAUUACCAAUCGAUGCAAAGCACUGAACCGAUGCGAGAAACGAAACCGGUCACAGAAAAGAUCGAUCACAGAGAGUACCCGAAGGCUCAAGAUUUACCUAUCAAAGGAUAUCAUCAAGAUUACCCGAUAAAAAAUUAUCCUCAGAAUUAUCCUCAAAAUUAUCCUCAACAUUAUCCUCAAGAUGUACCAAUCAAGAACUAUCCUCAAGACGGACCUAUUAAAAAUUACCCUCAAGAAGCUCUGAAAAAUUAUCCUCAAGGGUACCCUCAGGAUAUACCUUUGAAAACCUACCCUCAAGACAUACCUAUAAAAGGGUACAAUCCUUAUUAUAUAAAUACAACCACACCUCAGGUAUCUUACAUACCGACGAAUAUGUUGAAAUACCCAAAAACCCACUUCAAGGAACCAUACGCAUUGCCGAAUAACAACGUAAAAAUACCAUUCCACGCUGAUUCCCCUUACAAGUACCAAAUUCCACCAGCUAUGCAUAUCCACGUCAUCAAACACGCUGGAGAACCCACCGAUGACCAGGUUCCAGCGAUGAGUAAACCAUACCCGAUGGGAAGACCUUAUCGACACUCGGUAGUGAUAAAGAAACCCUUACACAAGGUCAAACCACCACCUUACUCUCACGUUAGAGUGAACAAAAUCCCUAAGCAGCAAACCGGAGAACAACAAGUAGCCAGUUCGAAUUCAGUCAAGAGUGUUCUUCCUCCUUCGAUACGAAACGUUGUCUCUAAAAUCCCUCCUUCGGCCAACGUACCUCUCCAAGCCCACGUUUACACCCCAACUACCCCACCGAGAAAACUCCACACUCCUCAUCACGUUUCUACUCGUAAGAAAGAAGAACCCAUAGUUCAAGCGCCGGUUAAACAGUACUUGAAUAAACCAGAAGAGCAUCCGGAUAACCAUAAGUAUCCUUCUCCACCUACUCAAGGUGGAUUUAAUCCUAGCUCUAUCGUAAUCGAAAGCGGUUUUAAACCGAUUAUACCCAGUAUCGAUAAUCAAAACGUAGCCCAAGACAGGAUGUCCGAAGGUGAGGAAGAUUACAUAGAACAAGAUCCCCCUGCCAAAGAUCUAAAUGCCACUGAAUCUGCAGUGAACGAGACGAUCAGCGAAGACCAUUCGAAAAACCCCUUCGAAGGUAAAGAACCCGAACUAUUCGAACCUAUUUUCAUACCUUCUCCUUUAAUAAAUGAACAUCAUAGAAAAAAGAAACCACACGAUCAACCAAUGAAGGUAAAACUACACAAACCUGGUCAGUCAAAUAUCGUUUACAUUUGGCCCAACGAAGAAGAAGAAGAUGAAGAAGAUCUUCCCAGAGUACCUAUUAAACAAACGCCUUAUUAUAAUUAUUACGCCGUUGAUACGGUUUCAUCUCCGAUUUAUAACAAUAAACCCUACGAUAGUAAAAACGAUGCUAUUCAAGGUAACGACAAUUUGGUGGAAAAUAUCGCCUAUCAGAUACCAAAGCAAUCCUCAACCUCGCAUACUUAUAAGGUAACCGAAUUCUACGACAAUAUGCAUCCUGAAAUAUCGGAGAUUAAUAACUCGACCGAGAAAGCGAUCCCAGAAGAGGAUAAAAGCAUACCAUCGAAUCAUAAAAUUAAAUACAUUCCAGUAAGUUAUGAUUUAAAUAAGGAUUCGCAGGAUGAUAAAUUCGUCAUCAAUAUUCCUGAAAAUCAGUCGACAGAAUCUACUAAUUCUACCAAGAGUUGAAGAGGUAGUCAUCGAUUCCAGAAUGGUUGUGUAACAUAGCAUUUAAUUUUUUUGUACUCGAUAAGUUGCGAUAACUUUUCUUAGAUUUUAAAUUGUACAGAAAUUAAUUUCUUUUUCGUACUCGAGUAAGUGUAAUUUAUAACUUAUUUAUUUUUAUACUUUUAUUUAAGGCUGAUCACUGCCUCGUGUUAAUUUUUAUUAAAAGUUUUUUUCAGCUUUGUGUAA